AUGUCUCAAGCACCUGGUACUCCUCGACGCUCUCGAAGACGCGCCCAGCCAAGCAUCCUCGGUGCAAAAGCCUCGUCAAGCCAAAACGGGACUGAUUCCUGGGCGUCUCAGACUCUGCUUUCCCGACCAACUUUACCUGAGGAUCUACCUGACCAACAAGAACUUCCGGAGGACGAAGAUGACAGGCCUCUAACCCGAUUCUACUCUGCUUUUACUCGAAGGGCCGCUGCUAGCGCUCCCGUGCGUACUCGAACAAAGAAGCCUCCGGCGCGAAGGAGCUCCGGCGGCGCAGGCGACGUGACCUUCGCUAUCGGAGACACGGUAUCAGUGACCACCGGCAUCUUGAAGACCAGUGUAGCCGUCAUCACAGGACUCUGGGAGAUUGACGGCGAUCUGGAGGACGUAGAGCUGAGGGACGACAACGGGCUACCCAGGUCCUGGUGUGGCAUUCACUGGUUCAUCCGGCCACGCGAAUUGCCAAAGAACCGCGCGGAGCGUGCACACUACGAGAAUGAAAUAUACUAUACCAUUGACGGCACCGCUGUAAUUCCGACUACUAGCAUAUCUGCGCACUGCACCGUGACGAGCAAACCAGCGAAGGAUAGCGUCAAGAAGACGCCGACGGCCUGGGCUGGGGCCUCAGAUCAGCUUCAUAUGGACAAACUAUAUUGUGGCUAUGCGACAGACUCGCAGCGCGGACUAUACUUCAACAUCGACUGGGACGCUCACUGCCAGCGUGCGGUGUCCGCAUCUGAGGAUGUCGGCCCUGACGCAUUGCCAGAAUGGUCAGGCGGUGGGGCUUGGGCUGUGUCCGUGGACGAUAUCGGGCGAGAAAAGGGAAAGAAAGCGCUGGCUCGAAUCGAAGAAGCAGAUGAAGAGGAAGAUCGGGACGACAGCGGGGAGGAAUACGCUCAAGGUUCAGGCGACGAAGAGUCCGAAGAGGACGGCGCAGAACCCUCCGAGGAAGAGCCCUCAGCUGACGAAGCCUCCUCGUCAGACGAACCCCGGGCGUCUCGCAAGCGCAAGCGUGGAACGGGCCAGCCUUCCGCACCCCGUAAACGUGCGGCCCCUGGGUCAGUCUCUACGCCGCGUAAACGACAUUCUGCCUCGGUCGCGCAUGCAACCCCGCGCUCGAAGCGCGUCAUAUCGCGGGGACGCAAAGGGAAAGGCGCAGCGCUCCCACCACCACCCGAAGUCGUGAUACCGUUGGCAAAGCUUCCCGCCGACCCAUGGUUGCGCGCUAUGCAUGUCCUGCAUGUUGCGGCGCGACCUGAAGAGCUACCCUGUCGCUCAGAAGAGUAUAGUCGGGUCAUGCGCUCAGUCGAAGAACUACUCGAAGAGGGCAGCGGUGGCUGCAUCUACAUAUCCGGCGUACCUGGGACCGGAAAAACCGCGACUGUUCAUGCCGUUGUGCGCGAACUGAAGCGGAUGGCCGCAAACAACGAGACCAAUCCCUUCACGUAUGUGGAGAUUAACGGCCUUCGAAUACCCGAGCCUUCCGCUGCAUAUGGUGUCCUUUGGGAAGCGCUGUCAGGACACGAUGUCUCCGCCGACGGCCCGCUUCGGAUAAGCGCUAAGGAGGCUCUGAAAAACUUGACUAGACAUUUCGGUUCUGGGGGACGAUCGGGUCCUGGAAGACACGCCUGUGUCGUGUUGAUGGACGAGCUCGACCAACUGAUGACAACAAAACAAGAUGUCGUUUACAACUUCUUCAACUGGCCAACGCUAGUCGGGUCGAAACUUGUGGUUCUCGCGGUCGCCAACACGAUGGAUCUUCCUGAACGUGUCAUGACCGGACGCGUUCGCAGCCGUCUCGGUAUGAUACGGAUCAACUUCCAGCCUUAUACAACGCCGCAACUGCAAGAGAUCGUACAGUCGCGCCUCGCAAGUGCGAAGCACGGUCUCCGUACUUCGGCACCAGACGUGAUGCUCCCAGAUGCCAUUAAGUUUGCAGCGAUGAAAGUGUCGAGCUUAAGCGGCGACGCUCGGCGCGUGCUGGAUAUUUGCCGGCGCACUGUUGAGCUCGCGCAGCCACAGGGGCGAGCGGCGAAGAUAGCAGACGUGCAGGAGGUUAUCAAAGUUAUGCAGAAUAGUCCGACGGCGGCUUUCCUGCGUGACUGCAGCUUCCACGAAAGACUCAUGCUUGCGGCGCUGCUCAAGUGCGUGAAGAAGGAGGGCGUGGAUGAGAUCAAGUGGUCCGACGUGCAACAUCAACAUUACCUCUACAUUGGUGCACUCGCCGGAGACGGUGACUCCACUCGUCACCCCAGCAACACAGAACUUGCCAUGGUCCUUGAUUCAUUGCUUGCAUCACAUGCGCUACUCAUGGAAGACGGGGCGCGGAAACUGGAUGCCGAGCGCAAGGUCGUGUUGAAUCUCGAACAGAUGGAAGUCGAACGCGUGCUCGGCGACGUAGGUGGCCAGCGUUGGAAGAACGCUCUAGGCGUAUCAUAG